AUCAGAGAGAAGCUUAAAGGCUAAGAAACUUCGACCGGCCACUCAAAACCCUAGAAAUAUAAUAAAACAAAAAGAGAGAUAUAGAGAAUGAGAGAAAAAUAAGGAAAAGCCUCUCCCAUCUUUCCCUUCUUCUUCUUUCUCCUUUUCUCUGGCCUGUAUUCUCCUCUUAUUGUGAUUCUCCACCAUAUAUUUCCAAAAAACCCAUCAACACCUUUAAUAAAGAAAAAGAUCAUCAAAUUUAAACCAUGGUUUUCCAAUCUUUUCCGGCCUAUUUGGAUCAUCCCAACUGGCACCAGUUACAGCAACCAAACUAUCAGCAAGGGAGUGGAAGUGAAAAUCCUAAUGUUUCGCCGCCUCAACCACGGCCUCCACCUCAGGUGGGUGUCGGUGGUAGUAGUGGUGGUGCUAGUGGUAGCAGCAGCAGCUCAAUCAGACCAGGUUCAAUGGUUGAUCGAGCCCGGGUAGCCAAGCUACCACAGCCAGAGCCAGGACUGAAGUGUCCGCGAUGUGAUUCCACCAAUACUAAGUUCUGCUACUUCAACAAUUACAGCCUGUCCCAGCCCCGGCACUUCUGCAAGACAUGCCGGCGCUACUGGACUAGAGGGGGUUCCCUGAGGAAUGUUCCCGUGGGUGGAGGGUGCCGGAGAAACAAGAGAAGCAAAAGCAGCAGCUCGAAAUCUCAUCAAGCCGCCUCCCAGCAGCAGAAGGGUCCUAUGUCCACAAGUGCAAGUCCAUCCAGCACUGAUAUUUCAAGUCAUUUUGCUCAACCAUCGCCACAAUUGCCCUUCAUGACCAAUUUACAAAAUCUUAUUCACUAUAGCGGUGGAAAUGUUGGCGGACUUCAACCACAGAUGGCGGCAACAGGUGGUGCUGGACAGAAUGAUAUGGGGUUUCAGAUGGGAAGUACUAAUUCUACCAAUAACAUUUUAUUUGCUGGUGGUGGUGGUGGUGGAGCGGAUCAGUGGCGAUUGCCUUUCUUGACUGGCUUUGAGCAACCCUCUAAUUUGUACCAAUAUAAUUAUCCGAGUGAAGGUCAUGUCGAACCACCACCCUCUUCUGUGGUUGGAGGCAGCCACCUUGGGUCCAUGACAUUGAGUUCUGGUGUUAGUACUCCGGUGGCUCCAGUGAAAAUGGAAGACAACAACCGAAGGCUCAACUUGUCAAGGCAGUUGAAUGGAACUUCAGAAAUUAAUCAGUAUAAUUUGGUUGGAAAUACAUGGACUGAAUUUUCUGGUCUCAAUUCUUCUUCCCAUUUAUAAUUUCAGCCCAUAACCUUGUCAUGCCCAAAACUUCCCUUCGAAGCAUCCUUAAUUUUCCAUCCCUAGAUAUAGUUUCAAUUGAAGCCGAGUGAGGUGAAUUAGCAUGUUCUACUGAAGUUCUGAACCACAGCUUGAUUUCAAAAUCCAAGAAUAUGUUGGGGAAAUUGCAAGUGUUGAUGGAGAGAGACUUGUCGAUCAACAUGAUGAUUUAACUGAAGAAGCAAGAACUGGUAGUGUUUGUGUGUUUUAAUAUAUAAUUCUUAUACAUAAGCUACCUUUUUGUGUUUAUUAAUUUAUGUUUUAAUUGCAUGUAUGAGCUUGUUAUCGGAGUGUGUGAAGAUAUGUGAGUUUGUUGUCUGAAUGACCUAAUGUUCAUGAAUACUUUAGCUAGUAACUUAUUGUUUGAUAUU